UCAGGAGACUCAAGUCUGCAGUCGUUACACACGUCCAUCCUGCGUGGGUGAGCUGCGCCUGGACCCCCGUGGCUGCAAGUGAAGCUAGCGUAGCUCAACAUGUGCUUGGAGGGACCUGAGACUUCCCAUUCAACCUUGGCUUGCGGACAUGGAUAGUUGCUGAGCGCGCGGCAUCAAGCUCUCUCAUCUCAUCACUGCACAAUGAAUACCCAGCCUGGUGUAUCAUGGGACUCUCUCAAAAUGGGUAGCAGGUGUACAAUGUGAGGACUGAGAGGAAGCCAUGGAGAGUGACGGCUAUAGCUCAAGUCCAUCUGGCCUGGCGGGGGAACAGGGAGGUGAAGUAUGGUCCAGCAGUCCAGAGUCAUGGUACAUGCCGCACUCCUUCGGGUUCCAGGUGUCUCUGACCGCCUUCCUCAUGCUGGAGCUGGUGUUGGGUUUCAGCAGCAACCUGACCGUGCUGGUGCUUUACUGCUCUCAGUCAAAUUUAGUGGACUCGGUCAGCAACAUGGUGACUGUCAGUCUGCACGUGCUGGAUGUGGUGGUGUGCCUGCUGUGUUUACCUCUCACUCUGGUGGUGGUGCUACUGUCCCCGGGACCCAACCUGGCUUUAGUGUGCUGCUUUCACGAGGCUUGUGCCACCUUUGCCAGCGUCGCCACGGCCAUAAACAUCCUGGUCAUCAGCCUGGACAGAUACGACAUCUCCGUGCGACCGGCCAACAGGUUGCUGACGACGCGUAGGGCAGCGCUAUUCCUGGCAGCCGUGUGGUUCGCAUCAGUUGCUGUAUUUUUUAUCCCAUUCCUGGAGGAUCAAUGGUACAUCGAUGAGGGGAGAAUAAAGAGAGGGGAGGAGGCACCUACGUCUCUACCCAGCAAUGGCAUCAGUGCUACAGUGGUGCCAACAUGGCGUAACCAUACCCUGUUGUGCAUUGGUGGUAAGGGUGAUCACCUACGUGUGGGGAAGUAUUACCACCUGAUGCUACAGGUCCCCAUAUUCUUCACCACUGUCAUAGCAAUGUUGUUCACCUACUCCAGAAUCCUGAGGGCGUUAAACUUCCGGAUUGGCACUCACAUAAAGAAAACCCAACGUUUAAUAGGACCUUCUUUAACGGGCCUCCACAAGAAAGCGCCUCAAAACAAGACCAAACUCAAAAUGAUAAGCAGUGGCAAAUUAGAGGGGGAGCAAUGCAACACAGAUGCCACGAAAAUACUAAGCCACCCUCCCCUCAUUCCUUUUUCAUCGCCCACCACCACAAUAACUUCCCACCCUGCCCUUUCCUCUUCCCCACCACUCGUCACAUCCGGCGCAGGUGCCGUUACCCAAAUGCCGGCCACGAUGGGCGUCCAGGCCUCCGUGUCAGCUAUCAUCGCUCUGCGGCGUGCAGUACGGCGACACAGAGAUCGACGAGAGCGCCAACGCCGGGUAUUCAGGAUGUCCCUCCUCAUCAUCACCACUUUCCUUGGUUGCUGGGCUCCCCUGUCAGUAGUCAACAUGCUAAUCCUUGCCGUAGGCCCACUGGAACCACUGGUUAGCAUACGGCUUUGGUUCCUAGCCCUAGCAUAUGGUACCACAGUUUCCCACCCUCUGCUUUAUGCCUUCACGCGGCAGAAGCUGCGACGUGCACUUCGAGCUAAGGUUAAAAAGCGAGUGGUGUCCUUGCUUCAAGUAGACCCUUCACCAGGGGCCACUAUCAUCCACAACACAUGGGUGGAAAACCGAAAAACCAACCGGCAAGUGCGAUUGGAAGCAAGCGAAGGCUCGGACCGUUGCCUAGCAGAAGCACUGUAAAGCACGUGGGCACACGCUGGGAUGCUGAUAAUUAAUAAGAGGAGAAUCACAGAUGUGUUCACCCUCACUAGAGAGUGAAGCUAGUGCAAUACUAGCUGGUGACAAACAUGUGCACCUCUGGGAAAUACAUUUCAAUGAUAAGCAGGAAAUGGGGUGAGCAGUCAUCUUGGGCGGGAUCUUGUUACCGUGUGCUUUGCAUCCUCUGCAGCCAAACACAAUUAAUUUGUAACACCCCACUAAAAGAGAUGACUUAUCGCAAUGGGGUAACGCCAGAUUGAAGGUCUAAACAGUCUAUAAAUAUAUGUGAUCCAUUGAAUUUCGUUUAUAUUGGGUGAAAAAGAAUCUUGUUUAAUGAUGACUGCACGUUUUAAAACAAACCAAACACGCUUGCAAAAGUAAGUUAACAGGUGAAGUCUGUGACUGCAUGUCACUCCAGAGUUACUUUAACACGCACAGCAACAGAUAGAAACGAACAUACUGUAUCGGCCCUGAUUAUAAGACGACCCACUCUUUUUCAAGACUCAAGUUUGAAAAAAGAGUUUUGAACACCAAAUUAAUUUUUAUACAGAAAAUAAUUACAGUACAUCUGAAACAAACGGUUAUAACAAAAUAUUUGAGAGAAAAAGCAUGUUAUUUUGCAUCAUUCAAAUCUAAAUAUCUGAACAUUUAAAUAUGUAAACUAAUGUGCAACCACAUUCGCAAAUGAAUGGCUUCUGGUUUUUGAAAUGUAAAUAAACCAAUCUAUUGGGAUAAAACAACAAAACUGCAAUAACUGCAUUAACCAUCAAAGUAAAGUUUAAUUGUAACUGUAGUCUUGAAACAAAUCUGAUUAAGGAAAAACAUUGCAAUAAAAUAAUGCAAACUGGUUGAACUUGAGAGUAGCUGAGAUCUGUCAUGACAGAACAUCGCUUCAAUUAUGUCUGGCACCAUUUAUGAAUGGGUAUAAUGUCUAGACCGCGAAUAAAACACGACCCACACUUUUUCAGCCUUAUUUCAAUGCAAAAAAACACCGUUUUAUAUUUGGGCCAAUACGGUACUACAAUAGUUACAGGCAGGGGUUAAGACGGCAAUAAUGGUCGUGUACUACUGUGCGCCUCAGCGUCCUUUAUAUUGCUCCAAAAUGACACUGCUCUCUUUUAAUAGUGGCAGGACACAACUCUAAAAUCCAACUUCCCUGUAUGUUGUUGAUUGCUUGAAAAUUCGCACUAUUGCAUAUAGAGGUGGGUAGUAACGCGUUACAUUUACUUGAGUACUUUUUAAGAAAAAUAUACUUCUUAGAGUAGUUUUGCCACGCAGUACUUUUUACUUUUACUCAAGCAGAUUUGUGAAAAAACACUACUCUUACUCCACUACUUUGGGCUGAGUCUACAUUUUUCGUCUUUAUUCUACAUAUUGACUUUAUUAUUGCCAGAGAUGCUGACAGUGGCCGUCUCAGUUUCACCAAUGAGACAUCGAAACAAUAACCAGAUGACUCCAUUAUACCGAUCAGAGUUAAUAUGUUUUUUCUCCAUUAGAGGGCACUUAUUCUCUUUGGACAGGUGGUUUCAUAUUGUUGUUCUGAUCUUAAUUCCAUGAUUUUUGUGUCACCAUUUUGGCCUAAUAUGGUCAUGUAAUAGGUAAUAUAAUAAUAACAAUUUAUAUCGAUGAAGUUGUGCUGAGAAAAAAAUAUAUACAUGAUUAAAAAAAAAAAAAAAAAUCAAACACUGUAAUCAGUUACAAUGUUUCUCAUUACUUGAAUAUUCUUUUCAACUAAUACUUUUUUACUUGUACUUGAGUAAAUUUUUGAUGACUACUUUUACUUUCACUUGAGUAAUAUUACA